AAACCCAAUCCUCUUCGCUCAGUCGAAGCGAAGCUUUAGUGCGGGACGCAUCGCGAAAUUUCCACGCGCGCGUACGAUCGAGACCAGAACCGAAAAACCAAGUUCGCAAAUUUUGUUUGUUUUUGCAUUUCGAUCGGUAGAAAGGAAAAAGAAGAAUAAGAAAAACGCAUCACGCGCCGGAACCCGCAGUGAUUUAUGGGAGAAGUCACCAGUUUGACUCCAAGUGAAAGAGAGGCGCCUAUCAAGAAAUCGAAAACCUGACGGCGGCUAAAGGGCCCCGCAAGAAGUACCUCGCGAACCUUCUCGGUGGUGUCGAUUGUCGCCAAAAUGCCGCUCCUCCGAUGGAGAUCAUCCAAAACACUAAAGAAGUUCCUGCUGAUUCUGCUGAGCGGAGCACUGACGUUGCUGACGACGGCCAGGGCGAAACCGACCAUCAACUUCCAGCUGUCCCAGAUUCCGGGCUUUACGCAGAUCGUCGAGCGGAAGCUGCAGGAAGCGAUGAAAAGUUACAGCCAACGCCGGCUGGACGCAGAAUCGCUACGGAUGAUCUAUUUCCACGAUCAAACCGUGGCCGUCGUCGAACUGGGACCGCAGAAGAUGUUGAUCGGGUGUGAGCUAAUCGAAAUCUACACCGACGCGGAGGGCAAAAGUCUGCUGCGCAAUCUCUCCUCGAUCAACCGCCCGUUGGAGAUUUCCUUCCGGGACAUGGUCAAACUGAUGGAACAGUGCGAGCAGGUGGAUCGCCGCAAUUCGAAGAUUAAUUUCCGCGCAACUGCCGCACCGGUAAACGCUCUCGAUACCGUUGGGUACAAAAUCGACAACGACGAUGAUGACGCCGACGGUGAACGUGACACCGAUGCGACGACGCCGGCUAUCGGGAUUUUCCAGCUCAUUUCUAGCGUCGGUGGAGGCGGUGGUGGAAGUAGCGGCAGUAAACGGGGCAUCUUCUACACCAGCCCCUUUUCGCUGCUGAGUGGCAUCAUUCCGGGGACGAAAUGGUGCGGCACGGGCGAUAUUGCCGAGAGCUACCACGAUCUGGGUGACGACGCCACUAUGGACCGGUGCUGCCGGACGCACGAUCUCUGCCCGCUGAAGGUCCGAGCCUAUCAGAAGCGGUACAAUUUGAACAACAACUCGAUCUACACCAAAUCUCACUGCAAGUGCGACGAUAUGCUGUACGAGUGUCUCAAAAAGACAAACACUUCGGCGGCACAAGUGAUGGGGUCAAUCUACUUCAACCUGGUGCAAGUGCCCUGCGUUGAGGAAACCCCAAACGGUAUGAAGUUUCGCAAGGCGCGCGAAGGUUUCUAGUGCAUCGUUACUUGCAUCGGGAAGAGAGUUGCGAAGCGAUGGAGCAACAAAACGAACCGAAAGCAUGAGAUUAUCGCUGCAACGGGUCAAAGCCGGUUGUUGGCUGUUGUACAGCUCAGCACAGCUAGUGUCGUUUUCGCAUCCGUCCUAUCAAUAGUUGUAAACAAUAAUUUGUACAACAUAAUAUUUCGUCAUGCCUGCGGCAUGAAUGAAAGUGAAAAGAGAGACUAUCGUGAUUUAUGUGAUUGCCUGUUGGACGUACUUUUUCUUCUAGUUUUGUAGGAUCUUGUUGAAAUACGUAAUUUAGCGGGAUGGAAGAAAGUUAGAAAUUGGUUUCGAUCUUUUUUCGGCUAACUUGACAAGACUUGGUAGCAUUAGGUAACGACUGUAGUAUGUGUAUGUAUGAAAGGCGCACGCUGAGCGAGCGAAUUUCUCACUUUUCUAUGCACACGCAAAGUUCUUGAGCCGGUUUAAGCCCUCCAUUAGGGCUAACACGCACGCAACAGUCCGAUUGCUUUUGCAUAGAUUCACAUUAGCUUUUUUGUCUUGCAUCUUGCAAACGGUUUCAUGUGUGAAAAAAGCUAUUUGAUUACAAAAACUGAAGCAAAAUGCGCUCGUUAACUGGCAGUGAGAAAAGAAAAAAAAACAGUGCUAACGAAGCAUGAUAAUUAGUAGAAAUCCGACGUAAGCAUUUUUCAUCUCAACGAGUUUGACUAGACGACUCGAACUUAGUUAUCCGUAAACUAAAAUCAAUUAUGCUAACUGAAACUGACAAUCUCCUGUAAAACUAACUCAAAUAAUUAGCAAGAAACAGCGCAAUUGUAGCCUAGAAGUAUUAUUAUGUAUUUUAGCACUAAUUCACGUGUAAAGACAUUAUUAUACAUACAUAUAAUUAAGGAAAAGCGAGAAAAAACUAUUGUGCAGACUCAUCAUAUUUUUAUGAAAAAUUAGUCGACUUGUAGUGUUAUUUAUUGUACUGUUUAAUUGUUUUCAACAUAA